AUGGAGAAUCAGACAGAGUUUACUCACUUCAUUCUGAUGGGCCUAACAGAUCAAGAGAGGGUUCGGAACAUCCUGUUUACCUUCUUCUUGAUCCUCUAUCUAGCAAGUAUGCUGGGCAAUGGAAUGAUUGUGUGUGUGGUGGUGGCAGAGACCCAACUUCACACACCUAUGUAUUUCUUCCUCAGUAAUCUGUCUUGCCUGGACAUUUUCUACUCUACAGUCAUCCUUCCAAAGAUGUUGUCUGGCUUCCUCUUAGCCCAUCAAAGAAUCUCCUUUGUUGGAUGCAUUGCCCAGCUCCAUUUCUUCCAUUUCCUAGGCAGCAGUGAGGCUCUUCUUCUAGGUGCCAUGGCUUAUGACCGCUAUGUGGCCAUAUGCAAGCCACUCCACUAUCCAGUCAUCAUGUGCAGACGGAUGUGUCUUCUACUGGCAGCCACCACUUGGACCAUGGGGUUCUUUCAUGCCCUGAUACAUACAAUAAUGACAGCCCAACUUAAUUUCUGUGGUCCCAAUAUUGUUGAGCAUUUCUUCUGUGACAUCAAGCCGCUAUUGAGAUUGGCCUGCAGUAGCACAUGGCUCAACUUAAGCCUCCUCAACAUUAUCACAGGCUUGGUUGUUACAGUCCCUUUCUUCCUAACACUCCUUUCCUACCUCUACCUUAUUUCUUUCCUUUUAUUGAAGGUCAAGUCACACAGUGGGAGACUGAAGGCCUUCUCCACCUGCAGCUCCCAUCUCACAGUUGUAGGUUUGUUCUAUGUACCAGUAUUGUUCAACUACCUUCCCCCCUCUUCAGGAGACUCACCAAAGAGAGACAUGAUAGCCACCCUCAUGUACAGUUUGGUUACCUCUGCUUUGAACCCCUUGAUCUACACCCUGAGGAACCAGGAGAUGAAAUUAGCCCUGAAGAAAACUCUGGACAGACUACUGGCUUCUGUAAGACGUGAAGAAUAA